AUGGUGGGCGACAGAGAGAUCGAAGGAGCUGAAGACUUGAUCAGCAAGUUACCAGAUGUGAUCCUCCAGCACAUACUCUGCUUUAAUAUUCCGAUCAAAUUAGCCAUCAGUACUUCCCUCUUAUCUAGACGAUGGAGGCAUGUAUGGUGCGAGUUACCUUCUCUCUCAUUCGAUGUCCAUACACUGACGACUGCAGCUUCGGUAAACGAAACCCUAAAUCGCUACACAGCUCCCAAGACGAAGAGUUUCCACCUCACAAUAAAUUACUACGGAAUGGAGAGCAUACCAUACAUCAACAGGUGGAUCAAGUUCGCCAUGUCACACAACGUUGAGAAUUUGUCCCUGAAUUUACUUCAUCAUUAUUAUGUGUACAAGUUUCCUGAUGUUUUCUACAGCACUUCUUCUUUCAAGCAACUCAACAUUAAGUUAUGUUAUUCUCUUACGAUUGCUCCCGAGUGCACUGUGUCUUGGACAUCCUUGCACAAGUUAUCAUUGACUUGUCGUAGUCUCUCUGAUGAAUCCAUGGCCAAGAUUCUGUCCGGUUGUCCGAUCCUUGAGAAUCUGUCCUUGAAUUUCCCUUGUACGUAUAAUAAUUAUAAUUAUGAAUACAAGUUUCCUGAUUUCUUCUACAGCAAUUCUUCUUUCAAGCAACUCAGCAUUACGUUAAGCUGUCGCCAUUCGGUUGUACCCGAGUGCACUGUGUCUUGGACUUCCUUGCAGAAGUUAUCCUUGAGAUUGUGUAGACUCUCUGAUGAAUCCAUGGCUAAGAUUCUAUCCGGUUGUCCGGUUCUUGAAAAGUUAAAGCUGUAUCACUGCGGUACACUAAAUGUUCUUGAUCUCAGCAAAUCUCCACGUCUGAGAGCAUUAGAAGUUAUAAUAAAUGGCAAGACAGUUCGGGGGCCAAGACAGAUUGUGGCACCACACAUCCAUUAUCUUAGAUUGUAUGACGCUCAUUUAUCAUGUACUUUGGUUGAUGUCUCUUCUUUAACCGAAGCUAGGAUGGAAAUUUCUUGUGUCUCAUUUAAAUCUGCCUUCAGUGCUAAUUUGAUGCAAGUCAUGGGGUUAAAGAUGCUAGAUACGUUAAAGAAGGCAGAGAAGCUUAAGCUUGGGAGUAGCUUCACUCAGAUUUUAUCUCUGGCUGAGCUUCGUGGUGUUCCUUUCCCGGUGCUCAAGGUCAAAACAUUGACUCUUGAUACGAAGAUCAGUCAGUAUGUUAUUCCUGGCAUAGAAAGACUAUUACAAAACUCACCUGAAUUAGAGAAGCUAACAGUAGGUAGUAGAAGGGCUCGCUUCCCCAAGCCGGUGGAGUUUCUUGACAGAUGCUUAAAAUUACAAGACUAUAACGUGAACAAAGGCUGGAGAUCAAAAGAUGGAGCCUCUUGGAACAAGUGUUGUGAGGAUUUGAAAUUAGAGCAUGUGGCUUCAUUAGUUGAACUUGUGCUUAAGAGCAAAGAGAAACUAGACAAGAUGGUCGUAUUGUUGGAUGAACGUUACCUUGAGUUUAGAACUGAAGACCUGAUUGCAACACUUUCUCACCACAACAAUGUCACCAUCGUGCUGCUCUCUUCCACCAACGGAGCGGUGAAUCAUUAG